GGAUGUUUUGCGGUUGGACAGAAAGGUGGAGAGUCCUGAGGAAGGAUCAACUCAGCCCGGAAGCUCUGCGACAGAACUGGGAAAGGGGGGCUGUUACCUCCGCCUCCGCGCCCCGAGUCUCUGCCGCAGCUCCGGCUUGUGUCAGUGCGGUGGUCCUCAUCCAGCUCCCCAUCUCUGCCCCGGGCCUGACCCCGCCCCCAGGCGCUCAUUGGCCUGCACCCCACCCCCCAGCCCGCGAGGUCCGCUGGGGAGGCGGUGGUCUGUCGCCUCCCUCAACCCCGGGCCUGGCUGCGCAGCAGAGGCGGCGCCUCUCCCGCAGGACAGAGCGGGCCGCGCGGUGCAGAGCGGACGAAAGCAGACGUGGGGCUCCUGGCUCCCAUCCCCGGAGGUGACUGGCAGGCCACUCUAGACUAGCGUGGUCCCCGUGUGCACAUACGCGCACACGCCGCGGCGCAGGGACACACAGACCCAGCUGCCCGCGGCCACACGCACUCGGAGACCAGGCUCGGCGCGCGCUCCGCGGCUCACACGCUCCAGCCAGUGCAGCGCCGGGCACGGACUCGCGGGCUACGCGCCCUCCUGCAUCUUCCGUCCCGGCGUCCUGCAGCCGGCUCUGCUCUGCGGCCAGCAGCCUGUGGACAGCGCGCAGAUUCUCCACUGCUGGGAGCCGCAGCCAGAGACAGAGGCUGGGAAGCACCAUGGCCAGAGUCGUGGUGCGCGGCUCCUCCCUGACUGCUCUCCUCCUGCUGCCUCUGGCUAUUGCUAUGCACUCUGAUUGUAUCUUCAAGAAGGAGCAAGCCAUGUGCCUGGAGAAGAUCCAGAGGGCCAAUGACCUGAUAGGCCUAAAUGAGUCUUCCCCAGGUUGCCCUGGCAUGUGGGACAAUAUCACAUGUUGGAAGCCUGCUCAAGUAGGUGAGCUGGUCCUUGUAAGCUGCCCCGAGGUCUUCCGGAUCUUCAACCCAGACCAAGUCUGGAUGACAGAAACCAUAGACAUGGGGGUCGUGGGCCGGAACUGCACUGAGGAUGGCUGGUCAGAGCCCUUCCCCCAUUACUUUGAUGCUUGUGGGUUUGAUGACUAUGAGCCCGAGUCUGGGGAUCAGGAUUAUUACUACCUGUCGGUGAAGGCCCUCUACACAGUCGGCUACAGCACUUCCCUCGUCACCCUCACCACUGCCAUGGUCAUCCUGUGCCGCUUCCGGAAACUGCACUGCACUCGCAACUUCAUCCACAUGAACCUGUUCGUGUCCUUCAUGCUGAGGGCCAUCUCCGUCUUCAUCAAAGACUGGAUUCUGUAUGCCGAGCAGGACAGCAGUCACUGCUUCAUCUCCACUGUGGAAUGCAAAGCUGUCAUGGUUUUCUUCCACUACUGUGUGGUGUCCAACUACUUCUGGCUGUUCAUUGAAGGCCUGUACCUCUUUACACUGCUGGUGGAGACCUUCUUCCCUGAGAGGAGAUACUUCUACUGGUACACCAUCAUUGGCUGGGGGACCCCUACUGUGUGUGUGACCGUGUGGGCUGUGCUGAGGCUCUACUUCGAUGAUGCAGGCUGCUGGGAUAUGAAUGACAGCACAGCUCUGUGGUGGGUGAUCAAAGGCCCUGUGGUUGGCUCUAUAAUGGUUAACUUUGUGCUUUUCAUUGGCAUCAUCAUCAUCCUUGUGCAGAAGCUGCAGUCUCCAGACAUGGGAGGCAAUGAGUCCAGCAUCUACUUCAGCUGCGUGCAGAAAUGCUACUGCAAGCCAGAGCGGGCUCAGCAGCACUCUUGCAAGAUGUCAGAACUAUCCACCAUUACUCUACGGCUGGCUCGCUCCACAUUGCUGCUCAUCCCACUGUUUGGAAUCCACUACACAGUAUUCGCCUUCUCUCCAGAGAACGUCAGCAAAAGGGAACGACUUGUGUUUGAGCUCGGGCUAGGCUCUUCCCAGGGCUUUGUGGUGGCUGUGCUCUACUGCUUCCUGAAUGGGGAGGUACAGGCAGAGAUUAAGAGAAAAUGGCGGAGCUGGAAGGUGAACCGUUACUUCACUAUGGACUUCAAGCACCGGCACCCAUCCCUGGCCAGCAGUGGAGUGAAUGGAGGGACCCAGCUGUCCAUCCUGAGCAAGAGCAGCUCCCAGCUCCGUAUGUCCAGCCUCCCGGCCGACAACUUGGCCACCUGAGCCCUAUCUCCCUUCUCCUGCACAGGCCAGGGCUGCAGGCCAGCGCCUGCGCAUGUUUGUGCCUCUCCCCUCUCCUUGGGCAGGCCCUGGGUAGGAAGCUGGGCUCCUCCCCAAGGGUGAAGAGAGAGAUGGGGUGUAGGCUGAUAUGGCACCUCUUAUUUGGGUCCCACCUACUGUGGUCCAUCUGAGCCCAAUUUGACAUGUAAAUACACCUCAAAUUUGGAAAGUUGCCCCAUAUCUCCCCCCAAUCCAUGCCCUUGCUCACCUCUGCCAGGUUCCAGCUUGACCUACUGUGUCAAGGCCAGCCUCAGUGAUGGCCUGAUCCCAGGUGUAAGGCCUUGUGAGCUGAGGCUGAAACAUAUCUGCUUUGGGGAGGCUGGGGUAGUGCCCACCCCAGAAGUCUUUCACUAAAUUGACUUUGGAUGUGGGCCUUUCUUAGCCUGUACCAAGUCCUGUAGUUGGCCAGGGAUGCAGCUCAGUGGCUAGAGCAUCCUUUGGAGUGGUCAACCUGAGGCUCCUUUUGCUUACCUGACAUCUAGGUUGUCCAGGUGCUCAGUUCCUGUGUACCUGGAUGAUGGGAGGGUUGCAGGGCUCUUUCAAUCAAAGACUUAAGUUGGGGUGGGGUGAGGGUCAGCGAAAGUUCUGGUGCUUUUCAUUUGAUGUAAGAGCUGAGAGCCAGAAAUGCAGAUGCAUUUGGGAAGAAGAUGGAAUAGCUGAAGAUCUUAUCAUGUCUUUGACUGUUCCCUGACUCAAGACUUGAUCAUGUGAUAACUUCAUUUCUACCCUCCUUGCUCACAAUGGAUGGUCUGAAGAAGCUGUUCUCCAGCCAUGACAACCACAGAGAGCCCCUAGCUCUCCUCUCUCAAUUUCCCCUAAAGUCAAAGCCAUGUCUAGAAUGAACCAGCCACCUUGCAGUGAUAUCAAUGAGUUCUGAAGCAACUUUCAAUUUCUAUGAGCCAAGUCCUGGGUCCAGGGCUCCCCACAGCCCCACCUCUACAGAUGAUGAAAAACUGUAGAUGCUGCCCCCAGCCUGGACUCAAUGACUAAACUCAGUGGUCUGCAAGACUUCCUUCAUGUGCCCUUGACAUUUGAAUCACUUGCAGGCCUCUUAGAAUGUUUGGAGGGGAUGCUGUGUCUGUCAUGUGCAUGAGCGGAAGUGGCUGAUGGGAAGAAUGGUGGCUCUCUAGUGCCCAUCUCGGCUCUCCGGCUGUGCAUCACACAGCCAUAACCCACGACUUUAACAUAAGGCCACAUCCAGAUUUGGGAAGAGAGAAGGGAAAAAAGUAGUGCCAUGGGGCCAUGUGGCCCAGCUCUUUCCACGUUGAUGCUUGUUUUUGUCCCUGUCCCUGUGGACUUGUUCAUGACUGUGCUCCGGAAUGCAUGGGGAGUGUGGGAAGCUGCCUUGCUUGCUGUUGUAUUAAGUAGAAGGAACUAUGGGAGAUUUGAAACGGUGAUGCUGGAAGAGCCGUUAGACUGGAGAAGGUUCUAGUUGAUAUGGUGUAGAGACCAGCUCUGCAUUUUUGACCAGUGAAUUCAGUUUUGGGGUCUUUGGCAAAGCCAGAAGGGGAAAGCACCUCCUUCCUCCUUCCCAGAAACAUUUAGGGGCUUGGACCAGCCACUGGGUGUACAUUGGCUCUUUACUCCACACUUUAUUCCCCCGUCCUGUCCGCUCCCCUGUCCUGAGAACCAGGUUAUCAGCCAAACAAGAAUCUGUUGAUCACCUUGCACUUUGGACACUACUAGGGAGCCCAAGUUAUUUAGAAGAAGCCAUGGUUCAGGAUUCCCGUUGGCUCACACUGAAGGAGUGUGCAUGCACGUGUGUGCACGCAUGUGCAUGUGUGUGGUGAGGGGAAUGACGUUUGGUGUAUUUUCCUAUUUGGAUACCACAGUGCAAAUUUCUAGAGCAGAGGGAAGCUCAGGCCAUGGUCAUUUGAUUGGGACCUCAGAUAUGACGUGCUAGCCUUCUAGGCCUGGCAGAGAGACAGGUAGCCUGUGGCACCCUCCAUCCAAGGUGUGGCCCCUGGGUGAACCCCACUCCAUUCCCUUGUCAUCACCCGCACCCACGUGUCUGCUUCACUGUGGAAGAAGAAACUGUGACUGUCUAGUUGCAUCACUGCAAAACAGCAAAAACCAGAUCAACCCUGAGCCCUCGCUGCUUCCUGAGCCCUGGGCCUGCGUCCUCCUACAAGUUCCAGGUUCCUCUUGCCUGUUUUUCUGUCUGAAGGAUUUCUAUUAUUGUUGUUAUUAUUACUACUAUUUUUGCUAGUCUUGUGAGCAGAUGUACCUGAAGGAUUCCGCAUGUUCCAGGAGGGUCUGGCUCUCAGGCCACAGCAGUGAAGGGACAGCAGAAGGCUGGGUAAAGCCCCUCCCUUUGACCCUCUCACAUCUAUAGCAUAAGCAAUAAGACUUACUGAUUUGUGUGUACCCCAGUUUACCUCUGGGGGUCUAUCUAACCACCAACCAUCUUCCCUUGGAAUGGGCCCCAGGCAAGGCUUGCAGUAAUACAGCCUGGACCCAGAGAAGGGAAAAAUUAUUAAGAAAUCCCAUCUGGUGGGUAAAAAGGGCUUCAUGGACUUAGAAAUCUUGAGGAGCAGAGCAGAUCCAAGGGGUGCCUGGUCUGUAGAGGAUCAUUCCUGGGAAGUGGGGUCUUGUUCUAUGAAACCCUGAAGGCCAGAUACCAUGGACUACAUAGUUUAUGGAGUAGGACUUCCUUGACUUGUCCUGUUUCCUGUCAUGAUUGUCCAGCUACAUGGGGAGCAGGAAGUAUCCGAAAAGGGUCUAGUCCUCAUAAAAUGGGAUCCUACAACAGGAAUGCUUAGGCUGCCAGCAAGUCAGAGGGCUCUGGAGGUGUUGCAGCUUUGAGACUGGCAUCCACCAAUGCUCAAGAUCUGACUUCCACCUUCAUGUGCAGUGAUGAGGUCCUCCUUGAUGUGCUCAGGAGCCCUAGUGAGUCCUUUCCUAACCUCACCUUGACCCUGAACUGACUUCUCUGGGGACAGGGAUGGGGAGCUUCAUCAGGGCCCAUUGGUGGAAAUAACCUGGCACCUGACGCCUAGCACCAGGGCCUCCUCUGUUUGGUUUGUAUCCUCUCUUCCUUAGAAGGAAAGCUGUGAGAGACUUUUAAUGCCUUGUGUGCCCUCUGCCCCCUACAAAGAGAAGGCAGCAAGUACUGUGACCCUGAAAAUUCCACUUGAGCCUACGGAGCCUGGAAGCCAGCUGGAAGAUCCUUGAGCAGGAAGCCUGGGACUUGGGGCUCCUCAGCUUUGCUGCUUACCUGCUCUUUGACCUUGAGUCAUCCUUAUAAGGAGAAACUCAAAGACUAUUAGAGCUGGGAUUGACCUGGAGAUCUGAAGGAUAAACCUUCCCCAUGAGCUCAUGAGGAAACAGGUGGGCCGAGCAUGUUUUUGAGUGAGAAUGUGGCCCUAUCUGUAUUGCACAGCCCUGCAUGUGAGCCAUAUGUAACACUCCAGGCAGCGGUAGAGUACACUGUACCUUCUGUAGGAGAGGCUGCACCAGCAGAAAGUCCAGGAGUCCAUGAUACAAUACAGGAGAAGCAAUGGAGUUGGUGCAGUAUAAGGAUGCUUGCUAGCAAACUUAGCCCUCUCCAUCUGUUCUGGGACUUCAUACUUACUUGUUCUCAACCCCCUAAUCUGCAAUGGUGUGGCCAUGGUUACAUCAUCAUCUGCCCCCUAGCUAGGGAUGAAGUGGAAAUGAAAUGCUCCCCAUCAGUUUACAAGCUCUGAAAACAACACAGCUAUGUGCCCAUUCUUAGGGUGAAGACCCCCAUAAGGCAUCCCUUGCAAUCAGUCUACUGCUUUGAGCCCUCCUGCGUUAACCAUCACCCCGUUUGUAAAACCACCAGCACUGAGGGUGAGGGUGAGGCCACGGGGCUCUGAUGGACAUUGAAUUCCAGCUUUAUCUUCUUCAUGUUGUUCAGUUUGCUUUGAAGGUAAGGAUCGGGAGAGCUCUAGGAGUGCAGCACGCACCUCUAUGCCAUCUGCCUAGGAAUCCUUCAAGGGUAUGGACAGUCCUCAAGUGGGCCAGAUGCCCAUUUUUUCUCCUCUCCUUGAACUCCAGGUCCUGUGGUGUGUCUGUUCUCAGCCAUGUGUGUUUUGUCUGCUGUCUGUCUUCUGAGGCUUUGCGUCUGUCAGGGCUGGAGUGGUUCAGCCCUUGGUACUCCAGACGUGGCUCCAGGCCCACUCAUGGGAGCUGGACCCGUCUGGGUUUAAUUUCCCACAAUAAAGAUAAAUCCCACGGACCUCACUGCUAUCGCUGCCUCCAUUAACGCUGUGCUCACACCUUGUCUGGGAUUUUAAGGAUGUCAAACUGCUGUAGAUGACUCAAUAAAUGUCUUAUCAUUUUU